AUGGAUUUCGCACGCUUCUUCCCCAAGUCUUUAUGGAAAAAUAACAUGAAUUUCGAAAUACGAAUUUCAGACGGUUUUUCCCCUUCUUCCUCUUUGUCACAUCUGGAAAUGUCCCGGGUAGAUGGUGAGGGUUUGACCGCAUUCGAAACGCAAGGUGGCGAGCGGCAGUCAAUGAAGGACAGAAUCCUUGCCCCGAAAACAGGCCUGUCAGUGUCAGGUGGUUUCGAAUUGGCUUUCCUUCAAUCCAAGAUCCGUCGGUUGCGGCUUUGUCAAGAUGCACGGGGCACUGGAAUUGAGCGGCGGAAUGGCACCGUUUAUGAUCCUCGGCAAAACAUCGUAGAGAUCGAAGCGGAGAGUUGA